CGGUAGUCAAACUUCAGGAAUCAAUAUCUUACCCAUUGAUUACUUAUCGACUCACCCUCAGAAUGGUCCAAUUCAAUCUGACCGAAGACCAAAAGGCUUUGCGCGCCAAAGGAGCCGAGGUUGCAAAAGAAGUCCUGACACACGCCUAUGCAGAUUACUCUAAGCAUUCUGACCAACUCACGCGAUUCCGAGCAACUCGGCCCUACUACAGCAAGUUAAUAAAAGAGGGAUUGCUCAAAGCUUUUAUCCCUAAGGCCGCAGGCGGUGAUGCAGAUACCCUCUUGGAGACUGCCUUCCUUCUCGAGGAGCUUUAUGCAGUCGAGUCUAGCAUUGUGAUCCACCUGGUCGGCAGUGCUUUAGGACUCUUGCCUCUAGUUCUUGGCGGCACAGCCGAGCAACAGGAGAGGUUCUUGAAGCCUUUCCUCUCAGGCGAAGGCGAUCCCCUGGCAAGUCUGGCUCAUUCCGAACCAGGUGGUACUGCGAACCAUCUUGAACAAGGAGGGAAGGGUCUUGGGGUAACUGCCAAGAAAGAGGGCGAUUUCUACAUUGUCAAUGGCGAAAAGCUAUGGACCACAAACAGUGCCGGCUGGGACGGCAAAGGAGCAGAGCUUACUUGCCUAUGCGCACGGUAUUCUGAGGACGGCAGCUCAGAGAAGUCCGGCGUCAACCCUGCAGACAAUUUGAUGGUUUUGAUGGUAACUCGGGAGGUUGUGGCUCAAAACACUCUGGAGGCCUUUGAACUUCUCAGCGAGCCUGAGCUUUUCGGGCACAUCGCUGUCACUGGUCCUCACACCCGAUACAUCAACUUCAAAGUGCCAGCUGAUCACGUUCUGUUUGCCCCCGGCAAGGCCGGACCAUACAUUGAACAAGCCUUUGGCAUCUCCGGAGCCCUCGUCGGGGCCAUGGCAGUCGGCACUCGAAUUCGCAAAAACGACCAUCGCGGCGGACCAAUGCCCAUCAUCCAAAGACAGAGUCCCGCAGAUUUGCUCAUCAGUGCAAAGAUCAAGAUCGAUACCUCCCGAAUGCUAGUAUGGAAAGCACUCGACAGCCUGGACAACGGCCCAGGCGAAGCGAAAUCUCGCUUCGAAUCCUGCCUUGCAGCCAAAAUCUACAGCAGUGAUUCAGCAGUCACCUGCGUGUGGGACUGCAUGCAAGUGGUUGGCAUGACCUCGUAUGCUCAAAGCGCCGGCUUCUCGCGCCUCCUAGCAGAUGCGGCUGUGUUCCCCUUGUUUGAUGGGGGUAACGUUGGCAUCAGGAGACGCCAGUUCCAGAAACUAAUGUGUGAGGAAGAGUACAAGCCUUGGGCAAACCUGUAGUCAUCCUCAUGCGAAAGACACUGUUUCCACUGUUUCCUCAUUGAAUCGUGACUCCCUUCAACGACUUCCCAGGCCACUCUAGCCGAUGAAGGCGGACGCAGGUUGAGCUAGUAGUCUUCUCCAUAGCACACCGUAGCUGCCUCGAUUUGACAUUUUAAUAGUAAUUAAACUUACUCAGAGAGAAAUCGGAAUUGCGACGGUCUGAAUCCUCGAUUGCAGCGUGAUUCCUAUCUACUAUGUCAUUUAAGGUUUAUCGGG